AUGGAGGACUCAGCAUCUGACAGUCAUGAUGAGCAGGAGCUCUUAAUGUCUACGAGGCAACGCCGUUCCAAUGCAGGAAAUAGGAUGAGGAAGCUUUUAGAACAAGAAUUAGAAGAAAUGAAAUCUAAAACUGACGCCUUGAACGAUGAUGAACUCGACCUUUUGUUUCAAGAAGAUGCAGAUGAUGAAGAAUUUGAGGGGGAAGGGAGCUCUAGUGAGGCAGAGGGUAGUGAAGAGCCUGAAAGAGUAUUCGAACCGCCGAAAGAGCCUACUACUGCGAACGAUGAUAUGCUUUUGAGUGAUUCUGAACCAGAAUCUUCUGAACAGGAAGGGGAUGAUGCAGGUGAAAGAGAGCUGCAAGACGAAAGAGCUAGACAGAGAAAGAAGAGAAAGAAGAACUUGGCACCUGUGAUAAAGAAAAAAUCCAAGAUUUCGACCGAUGAGUUAGAUGGUCAAGUGAGGCAGCAGUUGCACCACGAGCUUUUAAAUGCAGAAAGUCUGCUUGUCGCCGAUAGAAGAACAUCAAAGAGAUCAUCUGUGGUGGCAAAUAAACUAGAAGUAUACGCAAAACUGUCGCGAGCAGAGAAGAAAAGGAAGGUAAUACAGGAGAGGAUUAAAAAGCAUAAAGCACUCCAAAGGGAGGUGGUACUUACACAAGAAGACAGAAUGAGAAUAGCAUUGGAAACUGAAAAGUUCAAUCUUUUGAGUUUGAAUAAGUAUAAGGAGCAGGAAGUAUCCAAGAAACAGAGCAGACUUGCUAUGCAAAAGCGGCAAAAAAUAAAGUUCAGACCAGGUGAAGUUGUCAUACAAGAGCUGUCAAUAGCGUGGAAUGUCGAUCCAGUUAUGGAGCUAGAAGAUAAGCAAUACUGGGAUGCUCAGUUGAAAAAGAGAGAGAAAAAAAAGAAGAAAUAUCCUCGUAGACAAAAGAAACAUAAUCUCGAACCUCUUGAUAAGACGGAGAAAGAUGCAGUGAAUAACCAACAGAUCGAUCAGGGAAAAAAUGAAAACAUGGGAAAGGGCCUAGGUGAUGUUGCUGUUGCCGGAACGACAGAAAACCGAUCACAUGUUUCAUUUGAAGAAACAAAUAUGCAUACAAAGGCGGAUUAUGGAAUUGAAGAAAUGGGUCAAGAUACGAGCAAAGAGGGAAAGAACACUAUGGGCGUAAAAAAGAAGGAAGAUAGUCAAGAAGGUGAACAGUCCAGUAAGGAGAACAUAACUAGCGACGUUAUAGAAAAUAAAGUGUGCAAGGACACAUCACAUAAUCCAACAGAUAGCUUAAAUAUUUCAAAAGAUAACAAAGAAGACGAAUUGAAGGAUGAUUGCGCUAAUAAGUCAAAAUUUACAGCGGGUUCGGUAAAUGGUAUUGAAAUACCAAACUUCCGAGAUACAUCCAGAGUCCCUGAGGAUACUUCUGGGACAAGGCUGGCAGACGAUAACGGGAAAGGUAUACAACUUGGCACAAUAGAGAAGGAAGAUGGAAAAAUAAAAAAACAGGUCACAUUCGCAGAACAAACUGUCACAACUCACAUUGAUCCAGACGCGAAUCCAUCACUGGAAGGUUCUUUUCAAAACAUUGAACCCACAGGUGUUAUUUCGGAUAAUGCACAACAAUCCGAUGGCCUUCCUUUAGAAGAAAGUCAUGAAGAGCUCAUAUACGAAGGACCUCCUCAAUUAGUCGCUAAAGAUAUGGUUAGUUUAUAUAGAUUUCCAUCCGAGACAUAUGAAGGGGACGUGCGCGAUGAGCUUUUUGGUAAGCAAUGGUCAAAUGCCACCCGUCAAAGAUCGCCAACCGUGGAAAAUAUCUGCAAAAUUACUAUGCCUGAAAAUGCAUUAAGCUACACAGCAAAUACUUCCAUAAUCCCAGAUCUAUCCUUCCUUGAAAACUUUCCUGCCUUUGGUGAGUAUGGUAGAAAGAUAGUUCACGACACGGGAGGAAAUAAGCACGAAGAACUAGAAGUUGAAAUCAAAACUCAACCACCUAGUGGUGUUCUUUUUAGUAAUGGAGUAAGGAAGAGGUGCCUAAUUACAAACAAGGAGUGCCACUAUUUUGAUCCAAAGAAUGGCGUUCCCUAUUCAGAUGUGGAAGCUUACAGGGUCAUUCAGGAAAUUCAGGAUUCUUCAAUUGCUGAAUCUCACGAAAAUUCCGAGCCGCAUUACCAAUGGGUUGGCUUUAGAAAUGGUGGUAUAUAUCUCGAUCUUCUUCAAAAGCCUGCAAACAAUGUCCCCGAAGGUUUUUAG